AUGGACCAACGUGGAUCUGGUCAUAGUACUCGCCUGGAUUGCGUCACAAUGCCGAUUAAUAUCACCGGGUCUCCGCAGGGCAAUUCUUUUGAAAUAUCGCAAGUCCCAGCAUGUGCUCACGAAUUGGAAAAGAAAUACGGAGACCUUGCUUCAUUUUCAAUCACAAGCGCUGCGACAGAUGUGGCAACUUUCAUUUCUGGCUUUACGAAUGGUUUGAACACGAUCGUGUGUGGUUUGAACUUUGGUACUUUGAUUGUGGAACGUUUAAUUCAUCUGAGUCCCCCAGAAGUGACGGGGUAUGUUCUGGAUGGUUUUGCCGGGAUGUCGGGUGCAUCGCGAGACAAAGCCCCAUCCUAUUCAGCUUAUGACUCCAAUUUUGGAGAGGUGGGUGAUGCCUUCCUGGAAUUAUGUGGGAAAAUAAGCGAGUGCAGCGAGCGAUUUGUGUCGAAAAGUCUGCCAGCCACGCUUCAAGAUGUGAUCACACAUUUCGACGAAAAUCCAAAAUCGACGUGUGCUGCUCUUGUGAGCGAUUCGAAUCGCGACUGGAGUAGUGAACCAGCUUCAUACAUUUUGCGUCGGGCUCUGUCAGUCAUUCUUCCGGACGCUAGCAUGCGCACAAUAAUCCCUCCUAUUGUCUACAGACUGAAUCGUUGUGAGCCCAAAGAUAUCGACUUGCUGAAACCUUUUUUCAAAAUACCAAGACAACCUCAACUCAAUUCAAGCGACGACAGCGCGUUUGUAUCACCUCUGCUUAAAUAUCUCGUCAACUAUUCGGAAAUGUGGGAAAAACCGACGCCAUCGAUCGCAAAAAUGACUUCGCAAGAAUCGGCUGUAUGCAACAAACUUGAUUUAGGAAACUACCGCGGCAACGGCAUUAUUUACGAAGUCGACAAAUACUGGAACAAGAGUGCUACGAUUCCUCCUCAGGCUAGUGUUCUUUUGCUGAGCGGUAAAUUGAACCCAGUGACGCCGCACAAAUAUGCUGAAAGUUUGAUGGAAGCACUUAUCGUUGAGAAAAAGGAAUUAAUUACUUUUGAGUACACCGCUCAUGACGCCCUUGUGUCCGUUUCAUUCGAUCAAGGCAAGGACAAUUGCGGCAUGGAGAUACUGCUAUCAUACGUGACCAAUGACGGCGAUUUGGAGCUUCUUGACAAGUCUUGCGUCGAAGAGAUGCCCGCACUCAAUAUGACUCCAAAUUUUAUCACGCAGCUAUUACUUCUGAACACGAACGAUCCAUAUGACGGAAUGCACGAUCAAGGUCUAAUAGAUGAUGUAAUCUCAAGCUUCAGUCCUGUCGAAAACGAAAGCUAA